AUGUCUACCCCACCAAGGCCCAGCAGCGGCAUCAAAGUAAUUGUCGUCGGCGCUGGCUUCGGUGGCUUGACCGCAGCAAUCGAGUGUCACCGGCAAGGUCACGAUGUCGUGAUUUACGAAUCGUUCCCGGAACUGAAGCAACUCGGAGACAUCAUCUCCUUUGGACCAAAUGCCGGUCGGAUCUUUCAUCGGUGGUCCAAUGGCGAUGUCGUUUCAAGACUGCGUCCUUUGAGCAUAAACCUCGAAAACUACGGCUUUAGAAUCCACAAGUGGGAUACUGGAGAAGUAGUUCUGACUCAACGAAGACCACCUCCCGAUCCCGAGGCGCCGGUUCUGAAUGGCCACAGAGGCGAGCUUCAUGAGGUGGUUUUUAAUUACGCGCGAGACGAGUUGAAGAUCCCCAUUCAUCUGGGAGAGCCGGUUGUUGAUUACUUUGAAACCCAAGGCGGCGCUGGUAUUCAACUACAGGACGGCAGAAAGAUUGAUGCCGAUGUAGUGAUUGCAGCCGACGGUGUUCGGUCUAAAGCGAGGGAGCUUGUCCUUAAACACAAGGAAAAGCCGGUAAGCAGUGGCUACGCGGUAUGGCGGGCAUGGUUCUCCGCCGAUGCCCUGCUCGCAGACCCCCGAACAAGAGAGUUCUGCGAGAAUGGUGACACAUUCAACGGUUGGAUCGGACCCGACGCUCAUUUUCUGUUCUCCACCAUUAAAGGUGGCAAAGACGCCUCUUGGGUAUUGACUCACAAAGACGAGUACGAUAUUGACGAGUCGUGGUCGCUUCCGGGCAAAUUGGAGGACGUUUUCAAAGCGCUGGAAGGCUGGGAUCCGCUUUGCAAGGUAAUCGUAGAGAAGACGCCGUCACUGGUUGACUGGAAGCUGGUCUAUCGGAAUGCCUUGCCGAACUGGGUCAGUAGCGGCGGCAGAAUUGCACUGCUCGGGGAUGCAGUACAUCCAUUUCUUCCAACGAGUGUCCAAGGAGCCACGCAAGCAAUGGAGGACGGUGUGACGAUCGCCAUUUGCUUGAGACGCGCUGGCAAAGACAAGAUUUCGACAGCUCUAAAGACGUACCAAGAGAUGCGGUAUGAGCGUGUGAAAGCAGUGCAACAAACCGGACUAUCGACCCGCGAUCUUUGGCACAAGACAGAUUGGAACAAGGUGAAGGAGAACCCUCAGAGUAUUGCGCUGCCGAGAGAAGAUUGGAUCCUUGAGUUCGACGCAGAGAAGCACGCAGAAGAGGCAUUCGAAAGUUUGUUGAAGCCUGGUCUCUAG